UAUAAGCGCGUAGACAAGAAAAUCCGGCCAGUGGGAGGGGCUAUUCCGGUCUCGCAUCAAGUACAGCGCACUCGUCCUCCGGACGAGGAGCUAUUUGCAGACCUAGAGCCCCUUCCGCGUCACCCGCCACCUUUCGAGCCAAAAGGACGGCUGACUCAAGAAAGACUUGAGAGCAUGAACAUUAACUCAGAAGGGUAUUUACAGCCGGAGGAGGAGCGCUUGUUCGAGCAGAUCCUGCAAAUGAACGAGACCUCGCUAGCAUUCGAGGAAAGUCAGCGGGGCACGUUGAAGGAAUCGUACUUCACGCCGUACAAGUUUGCCACUAUACCGCAUAAAGCCUGGGAGUACAAGAAUAUUCCGAUUCCCCCAGGGAUUCACGACAAGGUAAUAGAGCUACUCAAGGAGAAGAUGAAAGCAGGUGUCUACGAACCAAGUCAAUCGUCGUAUCGAUCUCGUUGGUUUUGCGUACUGAAAAAGAACGGUAAG